AUGAUGCAGCUUCUGCUGAGCCUCCUGUUGUUCGUCCUUGCUGCUGUGGCAGCGCCCCGCAGCGCAGGUCAAGCUGGGAAGUUCACGACUGCCACCAUCGAUGAUAUCGACCUCGGAUCCCGUUCGGAGUUGCCCGGGAUUGUCGUCCCUGACAACCAAUGCAUCUCGAGCUUCUACCACGAUGAUGCAAAGAAGGACAUGUGCGGCAACAGCACAGUCUCGAGCGCCAUGUACCCUCAUUGCGGGCAAGGAACCGCAAGUCUCGUGGACGACUGCAACGCACUCAUCCAAGAUCUUCAGGGCCAGGACGGUGGCGGGUUUUGGGGUUACUCGAACGAGUCUACUACCGUCGUCGCCAGCAACGACACCUGCACUUUCAGUGUCACGGUCCAUGACGACAAGGCAUUGUUCAACAUUGGCACUCAGGACGUGAUUGACCUCAUCAGCCUAGCUUUGACCACUCAGGGAAAGUGUGGUGACGACGAGUCGGUGGCUGCCACAGGGGAUACGUCCUGCAAAGCCGUCGACACCAAUUGGCUCGUGAGUGGCCCUAGCCAGAUCUGGGGAGGUGGUGGAGGGUAG